AUGAGUAAAGCGGUAGAAAGCCUCGAAAACGGUUUAAGACAAGCAAGAAUUGUCUACCACGGGAAAAACCGUCUCCCAAUCGCUGACACGCUAGCACACCUUGGAGCUGCACUAAGGAGUGAUGGAAAGUUCAAAGAAUCACUCGCGUAUUUUCAAGAUGCAAAAGAAGUCACAGAUGACAUCUUCGGACCAGAUUACGUGCACCCUAACACUUCGGCUAUCCUCAGUAAUUUGGCACUAGUUUGUCAAGAACUUGGUGAUUUGAAGCAAGCUAAGGAAUACGGCACCAAAUCCGUUGAUGUAGACAGAAAACUUAGUAAAACAAUAGAUGGAUGCCCAUCUGUUGCAUUCCGACUUCAUACCCUAAGUGAGAUAUGCCAUGCCAUUGGAGAGCAAGAUGAAGCAGUAAAGCGUUUAGAAGAAGCGAAAGCUAUUUUACAAGCGGCUAGUUCUAAACAUGCCCUCCUGGUGAUGAUAUUAAGUGAGUUGAUGAUACGAUAUUACCUUAUGGGGUCCAUGGACAAACUAGUAACGACUGCCGAGAACUUUCCAGAAAAUUAUAUUGAUCGUCUAAUGGAAAUACUCGAGAUGCUGACGAAUGACGAUGGAAGUCUCAUGCUCAGAUUUACCAACUAUAGAAAUUUUCAACAGUUACCUGCUUUGAUUCUAGGAAAGG